CAAAGGAAAAAAUAAGGAAAAACGAAAUUCAAUGAGAGGCCCGGUGGUACUGCGGUAAAAUUUUAUUUUUAUUUCCCCUUUAAAUAAAUAAAGUGUUAAAUAGAUCUCCCACGUAUAUUCAACCUCUCUCUCUUCACGUUUCUCCGACUCCGGGUUUGCAAUUCAUCAUAAUAUUUUCCUGGGAUUCGUGAGAAAUCAAAAGGGAAAUGACUGCUCCACCUGCUAGAGCUCGUGCCGAUUACGAUCAACUCAUCAAACUACUCUUGAUUGGUGACAGCGGUGUGGGUAAGAGUUGCCUUCUUUUACGUUUCUCAGAUGGCUCCUUCACCACCAGUUUUAUUACCACUAUUGGCAUUGAUUUCAAGAUAAGGACCAUAGAACUUGACGGCAAACGGAUCAAACUGCAAAUCUGGGAUACUGCUGGCCAGGAGCGGUUCCGAACAAUUACAACAGCUUACUACCGUGGAGCCAUGGGUAUCUUGCUGGUAUAUGACGUGACUGAUGAGUCAUCUUUUGACAACAUCAGGAAUUGGAUCCGUAACAUUGAACAACAUGCUUCUGACAAUGUCAACAAAAUACUUGUGGGAAACAAGGCUGAUAUGGAUGAAAGCAAACGGGCUGUUCCUACAUCCAAAGGUCAAGCACUAGCUGAUGAAUACGGCAUUAAAUUCUUUGAGACCAGUGCCAAAACAAAUAUGAAUGUUGAAGAGGUUUUCUUUUCAAUAGCUGGGGAUAUAAAACAGAGACUUGCUGAAACUGACGCAAGGGCUGAGCCUCAGACCAUCAGGAUUAAUCAACCCGACCAGGCAGCAGGAGGUGCUCAGGCUGCCCAAAAAUCAGCUUGCUGUGGUUCUUAGGAAAUCGGUGACUAUAUAAGGAUAGGAUGAUUGGGAAUACAUAUCCUCCAAAGUGACUUUUGGGUGGGAGGACAAAUUAAUCUUUGCCAUGACAUUGGCAAUGUUAAUUGCCAUGAUAUACUUUGUGGAAGCUAUAUUAUAGUUCUUAACUUCUUGUUUACUAUUUCUGGCUGACAAGAGAACUGGAGGAGCUUUUUACUGCUUUUUA